CGAUGUGUGUAGCGUCCGUAGUGCGGCUGCCCCACACGGGCCGCCAGCUGUCCGUGCCGUGGCACCGCCUGCGCGCCGUGCGGCUCCGCUUCACUGCGCUCCGAGCGCUGGCAAUUGAAAGUCACCUAGCGGGGAUAAGUCCAGUGGGCGGGCGCUGGCACGAGUCCGCCAGCGAGUUACUCGCACAGCACGCCGGGCGCGACUUACAGCUGCUCGCGCACGACUCGCGCCGCCGCAGCCUUGGCGCCGUGCUGCUCGACCUGAACGGUCCCGCCUGCCUCAACCGGGAGCUGCUCGCUAAGCAGCUGGCUACCGCGGACGGGUCCAUUGACUUUGAAGCCCUCACUGCGGAAUACUAUUCCGCUGAAAAAGAAUCAAUGCCACAGUCACCUGUGAGUAAUGAAAACGCCACAUGCAAAAAUUAUGAAGCGAUGACAAGAAGUUACCAGGAUGAGUUCCGACCCGGCUCAAAAGAAACACUCCGAUUGGAAGCUAAGAUCCUUCAUUGCGAGUCCCCGUCAUUGAUAUACAUCUCAUUGGUGCACCAGCAGAAAGCAUUCAACGAGCUGUUUGAAGAUAUUCAGAAAUUCUACGCAAAGCGCAAAACUCCGCGCCGUGAAAGAUGGAAAGUGAACGAUAGAUGCUGCGCAUUUUGUAUGCAGUCACAGACAUGGCGUCGAGCGACCAUACUCAAAACGAAAAAGGACCAAGUCAUCGUAUUCUUUACAGAUUUCGCUCAAACCGAGACUGUCCCGAUUUCGAACUUGAAAAAGGUGCAUCCCAAUUUUGAAGUGAUAGGCGACGCGGCUAUAAAGUGUCAUCUAGCGGAGUUGAUGCCGGCGAACGGGGAGUGGCCCUCGCUCACUAAGGAGUUCCUGAAAGACAAACUGGAGGAGUACAAGCGCGUGUUUGUGACAAAAGUCGGCGAGUUCAAGAGAGAGGACAAGAGCAUGCCGGUACAACUGUGGGUGUACCACACGGAACUGGGCAGCGCGCUUGAGCCCAACGAGUCCGAGUGGCGCUGCCUCAACGCUGAGCUGGCGAGCCGCGGCUUGGCCGUCGAUACUCGACAGAUUGAGGGCGUCACCUCUGGACAAGACGACGAACUGCGUUUCCUGAACGUGCGCGGCUCGGUGCAGGAGUGGCUGCUGCCGCCGCUGCCCGGCUCCACCAGCUCCGACGAGGUCGCCGAGUGGCUGCCGGCCGAGCCGCUGCGAGCCGUCGAGUUCACCGCCCUGCCCACGAGUGGCUGCUGCCGCCGCUGCCCGGCUCCACCAGCAUCCCACGAGCUCGCCGAGUGGCUGCCGGCCGAGCCGUCGAGUUCACCGCCCUGCCCACGUGAGUGCCAGCUGACGCUCGGUGCAGGAGUGGCUGCUGCCGCCGCUGCCCGGCUCCACCAGCUCCGACGAGGUCGCCGAGUGGCUGCCGGCCGAGCCGCUGCGAGCCGUCGAGUUCACCGCCCUGCCCACGAGUGGCUGCUGCCGCCGCUGCCCGGCUCCACCAGCUCCGACGAGGUCGCCGAGUGGCUGCCGGCCGAGCCGCUGCGAGCCGUCGAGUUCACCGCCCUGCCCACGAGUGGCUGCUGCCGCCGCUGCCCGGCUCCACCAGCAUCCCACGAGCUCGCCGAGUGGCUGCCGGCCGAGCCGUCGAGUUCACCGCCCUGCCCACGUGAGUGCCAGCUGACGCUCGGUGCAGGAGUGGCUGCUGCCGCCGCUGCCCGGCUCCACCAGCUCCGACGAGGUCGCCGAGUGGCUGCCGGCCGAGCCGCUGCGAGCCGUCGAGUUCACCGCCCUGCCCACGAGUGGCUGCUGCCGCCGCUGCCCGGCUCCACCAGCUCCGACGAGGUCGCCGAGUGGCUGCCGGCCGAGCCGCUGCGAGCCGUCGAGUUCACCGCCCUGCCCACGAGUGGCUGCUGCCGCCGCUGCCCGGCUCCACCAGCAUCCCACGAGCUCGCCGAGUGGCUGCCGGCCGAGCCGUCGAGUUCACCGCCCUGCCCACGUGAGUGCCAGCUGACGCUCGGUGCAGGAGUGGCUGCUGCCGCCGCUGCCCGGCUCCACCAGCAUCCCACGAGCUCGCCGAUUGGCUGCCGGCCGAGCCGUCGAGAGUGGCUGCUGCCGCCGCUGCCCGGCUCCACCAGCUCCCCACGAGGUCGCCGAGUGACUGCCGGCCGAGCCGUCGAGUUCACCGCCCUGUCCACCGGAGUGCCAGCUGACGCUCGGUGCAGGAGUGGCUGCUGCCGCCGCUGCCCGGCUCCACCAGCUCCCCACGAGGUCGCCGAGUGGCUGCCGGCUGAGCCGUCGAGUUCACCGCCCUGCCCACGUGAGUGCCAGCUGACGCUCGGUGCAGGAGUGGCUGCUGCCGCCGCUGCCCGGCUCCACCAGCUCCCCACGAGGUCGCCGAGUGGCUGCUGGCCGAGCCGUCGAGAGUGGCUGCUGCCGCCGCUGCCCGGCUCCACCAGCUCCCCACGAGGUCGCCGAGUGGCUGCUGGCCGAGCCGUCGAGUUCACCGCCCUGCCCACAUACAUAGACAACGAGGGCGUCAUCUACUUGCACGACGUAUCGCAGGAGGACGACUUGGAGUUCAUCCGCGACACGCUCGAAAUGGCGUUCAAAGAGGAGGACCCCAAGGCGCCGUACUGCACGUGGCGCGUCGGCGAGCCCUGCGUGGCGCGGUAUUACCUCGACUCCAAGUUCUACCGCGGGACGGUGCUCGAGGUCAACCACGACCAGGCCAACUGCCUUGUUCAGUACGUCGACUACGGCAAUUCCGAGCUCUGCGCCUUUACCGACCUGAGGAAACGCAUUGCUCUACACCAGAUCCCCAUCCAAUCCCACAAAGUCUCGCUCGCCCGCAUCAAGCCCGUCGGUGAGCAGUGGGACCAAACCGUUCUCGACUACAUACACAAAGCCAUCGUGGAGAAGAAAUGCUUCGUCAAAGUGGUAGCUCCGCAGGUCAACGGCGUCACGCCCGUCGACCUCAAGUAUGACAAACUCUGGAUUAAUGACCACUUGGUCGAGUUUGACUUGGCUGAAUACAUUGACGGCUCCAAGCCUAUAGAUCGCAAGCUUAAAAAGAAAUCUAUAUAUGCUUCAAGUAAACCAGAAAAAAACAAUAGAAAUGAAUCUGAGACAAAAGUUAUUGAAAUAAACAGUGGUUCCGAACCCGAUUAUAUUGUUGAGGAGGAUAUAGAUUCCUCGCAAGCGUCAGGCUCGCCGGACUCCUUCAAAAUGCGCACGCUAGUUGAUCAAAACGGCAGUGCGAGCGAGAAAGACAGCUCUAACUUAGUCUCGUAUCUGCGACACGAGGAUCGAGAAUUUAGCUGUAACAUACCCGUGAUAAACGACACAAAUUCUUUGGAAUUAAUGAUCAUUCAAGAUGCGGAAAGCCAUGUGACAUAUGAAGCACUUUUAGAUAUUGUGAAGGAAGUGGGAAAGAAUAUGCCGCCGUUGGAUGGUAUAUACGAGUACAAACCGUGCAUCGCGCUCUUCGAAGACUACUGGUACAGAGCAUCUAUACUAAAGUAUAGUGAAGAGAAAAAUCUGGUUAAAGUUCACUACGUUGACUACGGAAACAUUGGAAUAGUUCCUUUGUCUAACGUGAGGGAGAUAAGUAAAGAUUGGGUGUGUUUGCCGCCGGUCUGCAUCACGGCGCGCCUGCACGGCGUGCGUGUGAACCCGGACCGUGUACAGGACGACGUCACCAAAGCCUACGUCGAUACGUUUCUCGACAAAGGACCGUUCCGUGCUACUAUUGUGGACUAUGACAACUUGGUGCCCCUAGUAGAAUUAAGGAACGCCGACGGGGAACUAGUGUACAAGAAAUUGAUUGAAGAAAAAGUGCUAUUACAUGAUACACGCGAUUGUGCUGCUUCUGAAGAUAAUUAAGCUAAGUAAUUAAACGAUCUGAGGACUGAUCUGGAAUAUGAUCUGAUCAAAAUUUCGAAACUAUCAUAAUCAUAAGUUCGAGGCCUUCCAUUUUAUAGUAUCACUAUACAGUCUCAUUAUAGAAAUACAAACAGACACGCAAUGCACAGCCCAGUUGAAAAUUUGAAGGAUUUCUUGAAAUUUCAACCCUAAGAGGGGGAAAAUUGUUUUGAAAGUUUUAAUGGUUUCUACGCGGUAGAAAUUGCUACUGGAUUCUAGAGCAUUUAUAAAAUCUAUGCUCCAGUUACUGAGAUGUGUAAUUAAUCCGGACUUAAUUUAUGAUAAUUAUGAUUAUUCCUAAACAUCCCGUAGAUUUCUAAUAACCCCUGAAAGAAUUGAUUAUGUUAUUAACUAUGGUUUAUUGUUAAGUUAUAAAAUUGUUUAUUAGGGCAAGUCCUAUCUUAAUUUUAUUAUAUCCACAUGCCUGUGACAUAAAGUAUAUUUUUGUUUGAUUUUGUUUAUGAAGGAUAUACACACGGGAAGCGCCCUGAGCCUGAAUUAAUGAAAUAUAUGAAAACCAUCAGUAGCGGCCAAAAAUCUAUUAUACUUUUAUUUUCUGCAGGCAUUCAUUUGAAAAUUCGUAAAAUUAGACUUUAUAUUAUGUAAACAAUGAUUGUAUCGUCUUGACGAACAUAUACAUUUGCUUACACGUGGUAACGUAGGCAGCCACGUUAGCACAGUGCAAAUUGGGGACUUCACACACACACACACACACCAAUGAAUGUAUGUUAUAAAUAUUGAAUUUCUUAUUUGAAAACAAAGUGAAUCUUACCAACAAUAAAACCUAUAUGGAUCGAUUUUUCAUCCUCUAUAGCCUCUGGUAUAAAAAUUAAAUUGCAUCAUUACUUUACAAUUUACCUAAUACCCACAGGGCUACUGUGAAAACUCGGGCAAGCUAAUUAUUAUAUGAGCCCUCACCUAUUGCUAUUAUUUGAGCUUUACAGUUGAGGAAAUAAUGCCGAAAUGACAAUACGAUUUUUAUUUUUGAAAAUAAGUCAUCUAGCGUCUUGUAGCCAAGCUACCCAAACCCAGUGAACGGCAAUAAAACAUGGAAGCAUUCUGUCCGCUCAAUUAUAGCCCCACGUAAACUACCCUGAGGUGGGCGGCGCUUACAAACUACUCGAUUGGCAACUGCAGUUCGACCGAGAUGACAGCUAGGAGGGAUGGCUACAUUGAUUGAUAAAAACGUUUUUUAUAUAUAAUUAAAUUGUUUUCAUGUGUCGUGAAGUGGUGCAGAAGUUAUUCUGGUCAUUCAGUCAGGACAGUGGAAUCACCUUUUUGGAUAUUUUCUAUAUUGGAAUGGGUUGUCAGUGGUUUUGCUUGUUGUAAAUUCUAAACCAAUGGAUAAUAUUGUGAUUUAUAUUGUCAAUAAUAAACAAUUUUUGGUCUAUAACGGUUAUAAAGUUUCUAAACCGGUUUUGACUGCACAUGUUCAUUGAAUACUUAUUCAAUUGACUGAAUACACUUAAAUAAAAUUUUGAUACCGAUAUCUAAACUAUUUGAAAGGUAAAAUUUAUAGAAUGUGCGCUUGCCUUGAAAACUUGUCAACACUAGACGGCAACAUGUGUCACGCACGGUUCCAAUCUUCGAGCAACACCGGCUUCCGACACGUCCCAAUACCCAUGUCCAUUUCUUAUCUUUAUCUUUUAACACUUUUAUAAAUGAACAGUUCGCUCAAUUGUUUGUUACGGCCGCUCUGUGACAACCAACCCGUGAGAUAACCAUAGCCGGUCUCCUAUAUCAAUUAAAUUAACUAAUCAUUUAUUGCAGAAUUAAAUUUCCGUACCUAUUUUAUUAGUAACUUACUAAUUAUACUAAACCUAUGUUAUAUGUAGAUAUGUUUUUUGUCACUCUUUCAAUGAAUUAGUUUAACAAAUACACAUCUGAAAAUAUUGAUCAUUUGAAUCUACCCACUACUGUGAAAUUUUAACCACAGUGGCGUAGCGUGCCUUGGCGGGGCCCCGUAUAAAAAUUUGUUUGGGGGCCCUAAGGAAGGGUAAAGAUUUCUCACAAUAACUCACGUUGGGGGCCCCGUAUAAUUGAUACGGAAGAUACGGCGGUAGCUACUACGCCCCUGUUUAACCACCAGCCCUAGCCCUACUCUGCGUAGUGACUUUGUAGGUCAUACUGAACAACGUUUAUUAUAGAACCAAUGCCGAAAUCGCGAAAAAAAAAAUUGGCUAUCUCAUAGAAAUCAGCGGCAUCACAUCAGAUGGAAUGUAUGAAACCAAUUUUUUUUUCGCGAUUUCGGCAUUAUAUACCCAUAAAGUCACUACGCAGAGUAUGGCUGGUCUGGCCUAGUGGGUAGUGACCCUGCCUAUGAAGCCGAUGGACCUGGGUUCGAAUCCCGGUAAGGGCAUUUAUGUGUGAUAACCACAGAUAUUUGUUUCUUAGUCAUGGAUGUUUUCUAUGUAUUUAAGUAUUUGUAUAUUGUAUAUAAUGUUGUCUGAGUACCCACAACACAAGCCUUGGCUUACCGUGGGGUUUGGUCAAUUUGUGUAUAAAAUUUAUUAUAUUUAAUAUGUUUACACAAUUAUGAAUAUUUACUUAUGUUGGGUUAGUCUGUCAUUUCAUUACAACAUUUUAACUACAUAGUUAUCUUUUAAUAUGCACAAAAUUAUUAAACGUGGAUUAUUUGACUGGUU